AUGGUACAGAACAAUGAAUCGGUUUUUUUCGUUGAAUGCGACUCUUAUAAGGAGAGCCCUUCCACUUCACCAAUACGCUUGGACGACCUGGAUGGAAAUGACGCUGUGUCGGAUCAGGGUUUAGCUUUCGACGGGGACGUAGGAAUUACAUCACAAGCUCGAGUAAGAAAUCCUCGAGCUCAAAUCUUCGAGGAUAGUAAUACUGACGUAGUAUUGCAUUUGGAUGAUCUUGAUAUGGUCCCACUAAAUACGAAGUUCGAUAUGCAGAUGGAGAUGGGUUCACCCAUGGCGAUGCCGGCAGAAACGCCACCUCCUGUCGAACCUUUAAAAACAAAAGAUCUAGCAUAUUCAUCCUUGGCUCACCUUCCUAGCUAUUUCUUUGAGCAAACACAUUUCCGCAUAGACCGCAAAUGCCUGUUGGAAAUGUCUAAGUUAAGGCGAAAUUAUCUAACUAUAAGUAAACAAGAUGCUUUGUCAUGUCCGCAGCUUCAUUCAAGAGUGGCUGGGGGUUAUCUUAAACCUGUAAAAGAAAAAUUAUUUGGAAUACGUCACUUUCUUGAUCUAGAGGAAAGUAAUACUGUAAACCUCCUCCAGGAUGGUAAUUAUAUGACGGAAUUGUUCAACAGUCAGAUUAAUAUCCCCACUUUUAAAGAAUUUAGGGAAGAUUUUGAAUGGUGCUUGAAAAUUAUAAGAGAUAGAAGCCUAUCAAGGUUUAGCGAAAAAAGAUUACAAUAUCUUGUAAAUAAGUUUCCAGUUUUUCAACACCUACAUUCCAAGGAAGAAAUGAGACAGAGCAAAAAGGUGCCACACAAGGAUUUUUACAACUGUAGAAAGAUUGAUCUGAAUCUUCUGUUAAGCGGCUGUUUCUCACAGUGGCAAUUGACUGAGUUUAUUUGGACCAAGUUGAGAAAAGAACCGGACAGGGUUAUCCAUCAAGCUUUUAAUGGUAGUCAUAUAACCUUGAGCCAAUUAUUCAAAGUGAAUUUCGAGGAGACCGGUCAGUUCUUCAAUGGGUUGAAAAUUAUUGACGAUUCAUUUUUGGAGUGGUAUAAAGUUAUUUAUCUCGCAAAAUAUCAUUUGGUUAACGAUGAAAUGGAAAUACACACAGGCUCACACGGUAAGCAGCUUCGAUACUAUUUGAUUGCGAAAACAUUUUUGGAGUUUGAUAACUAUAUUAAUGGUGAAUACUUAGCGGAACUACUGAAAACGUUUUUAAUAAAACCGCAAGAGGAGUCGAAAUAUCAGUUAUGUCAACUCUCCGUGGACUUCCAAUUUUAUCUGCAUUACGAUAAUUCCGAUGUGGACAAUUGGUGGAUGGUCUUUGCCAAUUGGCUGAACCACUAUAAUAUAUUUUCUAACAAUAUUCGCUGGAAUAUUCGCAUUUCUAGAAUUUAUCCAGAACUGUAUCAUACUGGCAAGGUGAAGAAUUUUCAGGAGUAUUUAAAUCUAAUCUUCAAACCACUUUUCAAUGCCGAAAAUUAUCUACACAAGUCAUUAGGACCUAUUCUUUUGAAAUUUCUUUCUCAAGUAUCUUCGAUUGAUCUAUGUAUUCAAGAUACGGACAACUAUAUUUGGAAAAACUUCACAGCAGUUAGUUGCUUGCCAAAAGAUUGGACAUCUGGCGGUGAUAAUCCAACCAUUUCACAAUAUAUGUAUUACGUCUACGUCAACCUAACAAAAUUGAACCAUAUCCGCCAAGCCCUUCAUCAAAAUACCUUCACUUUGAGAAGUUCAUGUUCUCCCACCUCAAUGAAUCGAACUUCACAGUUUAGUAAUACACUGAACUUCACAGAACAUACGGAAGCUAUUUUAAACAAUUUCUUGCUCGCCUGUGGAGGGUUUCUAAAUGCAGAAAAUCUCUGGAAUGCACCACCAUCACUGGUGUAUCUUUUCUAUCUAAGUCAAAUUCCCAUGGUUGUGGCGCCUUUGAAUUCCAUAGUAGAUUCAAAGCCUACAAUGCUGCAAGAACAAGCCCCGACGGGGCUUGUCCUAGAGCCCUCAAAGCCUUAUAAGAAGAACCCUUUCAUGAAGUUUUUUGAAAUGGGGUUCAAGAUAUCGCUGAGCUCAGAAUCUAUCCUCUACAACAAUUCGUAUACGAAAGAACCCAUUAUAGAAGAGUAUAGUGUAGCGGCUAGUAUAUACCGUUUACAUUCAGCAGAUUUAUGCGAACUUCUAAGAAACAGUGUCAUAACCAGUGGAUUUUCAAGUACCCUAAAGAACAAAUGGCUCGGCGUUUCCUUAGCCAGCCAUGACUACUUCGUGGAAAACACUGGGUUUGUAGACAAGUGGUAUGAUUGUAAACCAAAUACAAGUUUAGAGCAUAACGUUCCGAUCAUCAGACGUCAAUAUCGCAGUAGCACUCUCGCAGGGGAGUGGCGACUCAUAAUUGCGUGA